GGGUGUUCCUUACACACAGGUGGAGGGGCAGGUACCUUCACCGAAAAUAACCGACGGAACAGAAAAACUCGACGAUGCUUCACUUCAAUUUACUCUAGUCAGACAAAGACAGGACGAUAAUCACCUCUGGAUGCGUUUUUAGAAGUUAAAUAAGACUUAACGCCGCCCGAACGGACAGAAAUGGUGCAUAUAUUCAUCGGCGUAUGGCAGCAUCCCGCCUAAACGGAUAGCUUUACGGUUUUAAUUCAUGCGCGUGCUGCACCUGUGUUUUCAGAACGGCAGCUGUUGUUUUCAGGUGAUUAAAGGAAUAUGACCGACAACACGAAGAGAGCCGACAUGGAGGAGUUCUUCAAAACGGUGGGAGAGGUACGAGUUCUCAUAGAAACUAUUUCCAACCAAGUGGAGGAGGUGGAGAGGAGACAUGGAGUUAUCCUGUCCAACCCAAACAAAGACCACAGAAACAAAGAAGAGCUGCAGAAACUGAACAGUGACAUCAACAGGAACUCGAACUUGGUCCGGGCCAGGUUAAAAUCGAUACAGAAGAAUUUGCUUCUAGAGGAGAACGGCAAAAGUGCAUCAGUAAUCCAGCGAAUCCACAAGAACCAGCACUCACACCUGACUCUAUGCUUUGUGGAUGUGAUGAGGAGUUAUUAUAGAGCUCAAAUCGACUUCAGAGAGAAAUGCAAAGCACGAAUCCAAAGGCAGCUGGAAAUUGUGGAUAAAAUCACCACAGAUGAAGAGCUGGAGGACAUGUUGAAUGGUGACAAUCCUGAGAUCUUCAUAUCUGAUAUCAAAUCUGAGGCUCGGCUUUCAAGCCAGGCUCUGAAUGGAGAUUGA